UGGGGGCACCACACAAAUACAAGGACGUUUUUCACAACUGUCACAAUAUACACGGGAGCGCGUCCAUGCGAAAAUAAGUUGUGCGCGCGUCGAACAAACGCGGCGCCAGUUUACCAGCCCCAUUAAAACGCGAUUAUUUACUCUUCACUUUCGCACUGAAGGCUGGAAAAAUGUGUGUGCACGCGAAAUAAAUCCGCGUAAUGCCUGUGAAUGAUGCGAGCCGGGAGCGCCGUUUUGGUCGUCGCGACGAUCCUCGUCCAGGUUGCGCCGAUGCUGACUGCCGAGCUUGUAAAUAAUGUACAAAAGAAAGAGGAGCGGAUCGGCGGCUUUGGUCGCGGCGUCGGGCAACUCGAUGUCUCGUUAGGGUUGCACCCUUCGCUUUUGAAAGAGUUGCCGUUCUACCAGCAACAGGACAAGAUAUCUCUGUCGGAUGAUGAUCGGUCGACCGACCUAAGUACUCCGCAGUAUGUUCAAAAUGAUCAGCAGGAGCAACGCGUCGACACUAAUGGGUCCCUAAAGAGGAACUACGAGACGCCUGCUCAGCAAGUGCAGGUUCUCGAAGAAAAGGGCUACGACUGCACCGCAAUUUUGAUGGAAAGGCUGAACAAAAGGUGUUGUCGUCUGCCUGUGUUGGUGCCUCGCAGCAUGAUCGAUAAUUGCACAAUCAGAGACGACGUUUCGCCUGAAUACAGCAAGCGGUUUAAGGUCAGGAGAGGACCGAGAUGCUUGUACGAUUGUGCGUUCCGAGAAUUGAAUCUGAUGUCGGACGACGGGACUGCUCUGGACAUUUUGCAAAUCACGGCGAGCCUUGAAAACUCCUCCACUAGUUCAUGGAAACGCGAGUCAAUCAGAGAGUGGAUUAUUCAAUGCAACGACGACAUUGCGAAACUUGUUCAGACAAAAAUUUUGAACUCCCUCUCUGGCGAAAACUGCAGCGUUUUGCCGUGGGUGAUGUUGAAAUGCAUGAAGAAGAAACUAUUCAACGCCUGCCCAGAUGCGGAAAUCAUAAACAGGGAUAACGACUGCUCCAAGGACAUGCAGCGUCUGCAAGGGUGCAAUCCCUUCACCCUCACCAACACGAGUCAAGUGAAGCCGGCCAGCAGACCGGAAACGCCGGCUAACGAUGCGUUUGAACUGCUGAAGCCGCAAACACCAGCCCCGAACGCCUCCUCCACAACCUCCCCUCCCUUGAGCACCAAGUUGCAGGAUCGCAGGUUCGAUGUCAGGAGGACGACGCCGACGAGAAACCAGCAAAGUUCCGAAAAGGAAAUCAGCAGUAGAAGAAAUAAAUAUGGAGCCAACUCUGAUCAGGAACGGGAUCAGGACCGAGAUAAUUUUAGAUCAGGACAAAGAAAUGACAUUUCUUCAAGAAAAGUUAAAAUCAAAGAUGUCAUCCAAAGAGAUGAAGUUGAAAACAUCGGAAGUAAAAAUGGUCGAAUGAAAAGUAAGCCUGGUUCCAGAAGAGCACAAAACUCGGAUAUUGAUGAAUCGGAGAACAGGGAGGAGCUGAUUUUUAGUCCCAGUAGCACCGAAGCCCACGAAAAAGUCGUCAAGCCCAGAUCACCACUCAAAUUUCACUCUUUAUAAAAAAAACACAUUUAUUUUCAUGCAAAAUUACAUUUCUUCGAUAAAAAAAUUUAAUCCCAUGUUUAU